UUCCAGUUCCUUCUCUUCCGAAGUUCCUGUUCCUUCUCCAAUCUCAAGUACAUCAGCACUUUCCGAGCGCUGCUUGCUUUUUCAGCAUCUAGAGCUGCUUAUCUUCUUGAUAUCAUUCGACCCAGACCGAUCUGCAAGGCGUCGUCUGCAUUUCUCAACCCCACUUUCAGCUUCAGGAAACCUUGGACAUCUUCGAUCCGUCUGUGCGUGCGCUUUUAAUCUCGACCGUUCAUCAUGUCGGGACGUGGCAAGGGAGGCAAGGGUCUCGGAAAGGGAGGCGCAAAGCGUCACAGGAAGGUUCUUCGCGACAACAUCCAGGGCAUCACCAAGCCGGCCAUCAGGCGACUCGCUCGCCGCGGCGGCGUGAAGCGUAUCAGCGGUUUAAUCUACGAAGAGACUCGCGGCGUGCUGAAGGUGUUUCUUGAGAAUGUCAUUCGCGACGCUGUGACGUACACGGAGCACGCGCGGAGAAAGACGGUCACUGCCAUGGAUGUGGUUUACGCUUUGAAACGCCAAGGCAGAACGCUGUACGGGUUUGGCGGCUAACUCGUGACUGACCUUGUCCCUAAGCGAUUAGGAGCCUUCUGCAAUAGAUUCUGAUUUUUGCUGCAAUUCUAAGAUUUUCCUUUACAUUCGUGUAUAAAUUUCUCCAAUAAUUAUUACAGAUCUGU